UCCUUCCCUUUUCUAUUCAUCAAAAGAAGAUGGAAUACUCUUCAUUUCUUGAUGAGCCUUCUUGGUCUUUCCAAAAUUUGAUUGACUCAUCUUUUGAUCAAUCUGAAUUCAUCCACAUGGAUGUUACUCCAAUUGAUAGCUCAGAUUUAUCUUCCCUGUUCAUCAAUUCACCAAAUGAGUUUUCCACGGAAGUUGAUUCAUAUCCUUUUGCCCACCUGUUUAAUACUGAUGAUCUGAUUCAGGUGACAUCCCAAGUGGAGGAAGUUUCAAUGGAUUUGGGAGGAUUUGAGACUGAUUUGAUGGUAGAGGGUUUCUUUGGUAAUUCAUUGGAAGGAAGUGAAGGGAGCUUUCCAUCACAGCAAGCUUCUUCACACCAUUUUUCUACCCAAGGAAAUGAUGUAUGGAGUCCUAAUUCAGUAGUGACUUCUGAAGAGUCUUUAAUGGACUCAACAUCAAUCCAGUCACCACUAACUUUGCCUAGAGAAGAGGAGGGAAUCGAGAACGAAUUGAGCAUUCGUCAUUUAUUUCAAGCUUAUGCUGAAGCCAUGGAAUAUGGCCAGAAAGAGCUAGAGGAGGUUAUUCUCAGAUGCAUCAGUGAGAAAGUCAGUCCAAUUGGGGAGUCUUUCGAGCGCCUUGCAUUCAACUUGAGUCAAGAAGUUGCUGAUGAGCAUCAACAAGGCGGGGAUUAUCUCAAACAAGAAUCCUUGAAGAAUUUUGAGGCUGCAUUUAAGGUGUUCAUACAAAACUUCCCUUAUGCUAGGUUUGCUCACUAUGUAGCAAACUCAGCGAUCCUCGAGGCGAUUCCAGUAGAAGCUGAGACAGUUCAUAUAGUAGAUUUCGACAUGGGAGAAGGGAUCCAGUUGUCCCAAAUUAUUGAGGCCUUAGCACAAAGAUUCAAAACACUAAAAGUGACAGCAAUUAAAUGGGAAGAGGAAGAGGGUGAUUGUGCUCCUCCACAUUGGAGAUUUGAGGAGACAAAGAAGCAACUCCAGAAGCAUGCUAGAUCCUUUGGCUUGAACUUAAAGAUGGAAGAAGUAGCAAUGGAGAACUUGGUGACUGAGAUGAAGAAGGCAAAGAAGAGGGGUGGAGCGAAAGAAUUCUUAGCUUUCAACUGCAUGGUUUCUCUUUCCCAUAUGAGGAGGAGAAGAAGCAGAACGCAUGUCAUGGAGUAUUUGAGACUGGCUAAGGAGUUAUUAGCCAACUCCGGGAACUUCAGGACUUCUAAAAAUGGUAUUAUAACUUUCGGUGACGGUGAUGCUAGUGAGAAACUUGGAAACCACUCAAGUUUCAGCUCAUUCUUUAAUGAAAAUCUAGUGCAUUACCAAGCCUUGUUGGAGUCAAUGGAGUCGAAUUUCCCAAGUCAUCUGGCAGAAGCGAGAAUGGUAAUGGAAUGCAUAUUCGUAGCACCUUUUGUGUCUUCCCAUGCUUGGUUACAAAAGUGGACAGAAGUAAAGGACUGUAAUGUUCAACCAUGGUUUGGGCUUGAUGGUCGGAGAUUGAGCAAUGAGAAUUUGAUGGAAGCCAAGGAAAUCGUGGGAGAUGAAGGAUCCUAUGGGAUCAGAAUUCAAGGGCAGAACAGGAAUGAGAUGGUAUUGGAAUAUAGAGGAACACCUCUGAUUAGAGUGUCAACUUGGGAAAGCCAAAGCUAGCUAACUAAAAGUAGAACAUUUUUUCUUCAAAAUUAUUUCAGCAACUGCAUGUAUUUAGCAUGCUGGACAUACCUCAAUAGUUUCUGCACAUAUUUGAUUGUCUUCUAUGUUGUAGAAAAGA